GAACUGCACUAGUUGGUGGUCCUUCUAAUGAGGAAAUUCAUCUUGUGGGAGGUGUUCAACAAAAUCUCACCCUACUUGAUCAGAUAGAUCGUAAUGCAACAAUAACUUCAAAUCAGACAUUAAUGAUAAAUGAAUUUCUUAAAACUUGGAAUUCAACAAAUCAAACACUUUUUAUUUACCGAUCAACUGCACGAAUUUGGAUGACUCCUGAAUCUGUCGCAAAUGAUAAUGCACCAACAAUUAGACGUAGAUCAACUUCAACGGUUAUAUCGAAAGGAAUUAUAUAUAUGUUUGGUGGGCGUGUUGAAGUAGAUACGGGUUCACCCACAUUUCUUUGCUUUAACGAUCUAUACACUUAUGACACAAUUUUGUCAAGGUGGAAUAAGAUUGAUGCCAACAAUGUUCCUACACCUCGAAGUCAUAGCGCACCAGUAUUACUUCCAGACGGUAAGAUCCUUUAUAUCGGAGGCGGUAGUCAGGCUGCUCCUGGAAAAGAUGUAACACCAAUAGAUAUGAAAAUU